CCACACAAAAAACACCCAAGCUCCCUCCCCCCGCCGAUCACCACCCAAUCGCGACAGAGACGCCUACAGGGCCCUCGCCCCCGCCGAAGCGGCGCCCGAGAGCCUCCCGACGGCCAGCACAACCCCGAGGCACUCGGCACGCUCGUCUCAGUUUGCACCCGCAUGACUCCCAGAAACCGCGGCGCGCAGCUCGCCCACCGCACAGCUUCCCAACGAGCCCCUAGCGCGCGGGCGUGCGCUGCGGGUAGAGCGCGCGGGCGAAUCACACGCGCUGCGUGGCCGCGCCGGCCGCUAUCGGUCUAGUAGCUGAUACAACGACUACUCACACUCUUGGCGCUUUUAAUCUGAUCUUUUCGUCUUGGGAUUUUGGGGCACUUCUUGACUCCUCCGCGUGCAUUGAAAGGUGGUUAGGAAGGUGAUUCCAGGUGAAGUAAUGUCGUCGGCUAUGGAUAAUGUCGCGCUGGAUAAGCAGAUCGAAGAGACGCGGGCGCCGAAGCGGGGAGACUUGCAUGGCGAUGUUGAGGUCGGGGAUGUGGAUGUUGCACGGGUGGAAAAAGUAUACGCCAAACUCGAUCGCCGCAUCCUGCCUGCGUUCUGGGUGCUGUAUUUCAUGUGCUCGGCCAUCCGGUCGAACAUCGGACUGGCGCAGACGAUGAAUAUCAAAGAGGGCCACGAUCUCGCGUCGGAGCUCAACUUGACGCCCAAGCAGGUGUCGACCGGUCUGGCGCUGUUCUAUGUGUGCUAUGUGCUGUUCGAUCUGCCGUCGAAUCUGGUCAUGUCUAGGGUCAGCCCGCAUGCGUGGAUGAGCAGGAUCGUCAUUUCGGUUGCGAUCAUUGGGAUGUGCUUCACGGCGGUGAAAGCUGCGUGGAGCUUCUACCUGCUUCGUCUCCUGCUCGGUAUCGUUAUUGCAGGCAUGUGGCCAGGCAUGUCGUAUUAUCUUACGCUGUUUUACCCUCCAUCACGGACGGGCAAGCGCAUUGGACGCUACUUCACGGCCUCUCAAGUCUCUGCGGCUGUUGUCGGUCUAGUCUCAGCCGGAUUCCAGAAGAUGGACGGUAUGGGCGGGCUCGUUGGCUUCCAGUGGAUGUUCCUGCUGUACGGUGUGGUCGGAUUCUUCAUCGGCGUGUCACUUCUCUGGUGGCUGCCCGAUCGCCCCUUGCCCCCGGGCGAGACCCGGGUGCGAACUGGUUUGGAGCGGUGGCUCCCUGCGAGCAAGCCUGCUCUAAGUGGCGAGGAUGCCAGGAUCCACUACGAAGACCUGACCAGAGUGUACAACCGCCGUCAGUGGGACAUGAAGGACAUCUGGCACAUUCUGAUCGACUGGAGGCUGUGGCCGUUGGUCAUGAUGUACUUUGGCGUGGUCGGUGUUGGCAUUGGCACGCAGAACUACGCGUCAGUCAUUAUUCGCGGCAUCAACCCGGGCCUCAGCGGCAUCGACCUGAGUCUGCUCACCGCGCCCAUCUGGAUUAUGGACUUGAUCGCGAUUUUGAUCGUCACGCCACUGUCGGAUCGCUUCCACCACCACCGGGCGCUGUUCUUCAGCGGCGCAGUCCUGAUUCAGAUCACCGGGCUGCUAGUCACGACGUUUGCGGGGGGGCUGAACUCAUGGGCUCGCUACGGCGGGCUGCUGAUGGUGGGCUUUGGACUGGGGCCUACGGUGCCCAUCUGCAUGGCCAUGACCAACGAGAUCUUCCAGGCGCGCCACGGCGAGGUGGGCGUGGCAGCAGCUAGCGCACUCGUGUCUGGAUUGGGCAACCUGGGCAGCAUCCUGACGACAUAUGCGCUGUACACGGGGUGGCCAGCCGACUCUGUGGGUGUGAACAAGUUCCGCAAGAGCAACCUGGUCAUGAUUGGCAUUCUGUGUAUGAGCAUCCUGUCAGCGGCACUGAUGGUGGUGUUGCUACGGGUGUUUGGCAACGGCAAGGGCAAGCAGAUCAGCAGCGCCAGCUCGACCAGCGAGGGCGAGGCGGCGCAGCUGGACGGGGCGGCGCGGCGCGAAGUGCAGCAGCGAGGGCUGGGGCGGAUGUUCUGCUUUAGGUGAUGGGACGGAUGUUCUGCUUUAGUGAUGGCUGUGGGCGGUGGACCCUGUCGCGGAGG